CCCUGCUCGCACAGGUGCACGCACUGGCGCACGCGCUCAUGCUCGCUCGCUCGCCCGCAGGCACCGCCAGCUGCUUCUGCGCCCUGGGUUUCUGGGAGGCCUGGAAGAGGCCGGCAGACGGGGGAGAAGGACGUACCUUCCAGUCCCCCAGAUCUACCAAAAAAACUCAUCCAGGUGAUUCCUGCUUUGCAGUGGAUGAGGAGAUCUAUGAUGCUCAUAUUAAGAACACCCCGGAAGGAGGAAAAUUAACUGAAACUUCAAGGCAAUCCAUGAAGGAUGUAUUUCAGGAUUUCACACAUUCUUUUGUAAAGCUGAUCUACUUUGGUUCUCAUCAUCUGAAGAAGAGGAGGAAGGUCUUGAUGGCACCAAAAAAUAAGCAGCCACAGAUAUUCUCUGAGGGUGGUCUAUACAUGUGCAUUUCUCACUCAUACAGAGAGAAACAUCAUACAGCAAAAGAGAAAGCAGACGGACAUGCCCAUGCCUCACGGGACUCAUCUGCUGGCAUAAAGCAUACUGAGCCCACUAUCACAGUGCCCCUUCCAUGGAAAGGACUAGGCAAGGUGAAAGAAAAGAUAGUAAAAUCAGCAGAGACUCAUUUUGACAUGACUUCAGAGGAAGAGCACAAAAGUUUUGAUGAUGCUCAACAUACCCAGCCUCAGGUAUUCUCUGAAGGUGGUCUAUAGAUGUGUAUUUCUCACUCAUCUACAGAGAAACAUCAUACAGCAAAAGAAAAAUCAGACAGACAUGCUCAUGGUAAGAACUACAUACUGUUCUUUGGACAGAAUAUUGAUUUCUAACAUGAUCACUGGUGUAUUCUAAUACUUGGAAAAAUGAACCUAGUAAACAUGUAGUAAUGAAAAAGAAAGAAAGAUAAUGAGUUGUCUUCUUUAAGACCAAAUUCCAGUUGCAGGUUAUAGUGGGAGUGUCUCUCUUAGUUUCUAUACGAGACAUGCGUACAUGACAAGGGAGUUGGCAAUCAUGAAGUGGAGAGGAGAAAAAGGAAUAAACAUUGAGAAAGGAAGAGAGAGUGAGUACAGUAAGUAAAUGAAAGAAAAAGAAGCUGUGAAGGCAGAGAAAUUUCAAUCAUGUACCAGAAGGAAAAGUCCAGUGUAUUGAAAAUAUGGAAGGAAUAUGUGGGUUUCCCUUAUGAACAUGACUGAAGGUAUGAGAGAAUUUUGUGUUUUGGUUUUGUGUUUUUUCAGGUAGGAACUGAAUCAGUACCUAUUACUUUAUCUGGGAUAGACACAGAUUGCAUAAGAUUCUCACUACAAAAUAUUUUGUUGGAAAGAAUACUGUUCUUUACCCUCUACCUUCUUUCUAUUGAUUUCUCAGUAUAUUCUCAUCUUCCUCAGGGAAUCCUUUCUGUAGAUCAGUUUCCUUUAUUACAUCACAAAACUCCUUUUUAUAUCAUCUUUCUGAGUUUAUAUGUUUUUCUUCUCCAUUAGACUUUAAGCUAAUGAAUAGAAAGAGAUCCCAUCUACUUUAUCUGCAGAGUACAGCAGAAUGUGUCACAUGUUGUAGGUACUCAUCGGUUUAGUGUAUGAAUAAUGCAUGUGAAAUAUACAGCAUUAAUAUAUGUAAUUACUCACAUAUUUUGUUUCUUCUUUCCUUUCUUUCUGACAGAGUCUGUUAGCCUGUCGAAAUCCCAGAAAGCAAUUGUAUCACUUCAAAGAAUAAUAAAGCUUAAAAAAAGUCA